AUGCAACACGAUUUCUUCACUAUACGGUGUACUAUUCAGAGCACUGUAGAAGUACACAACCAUCUCCGGGAGGGCAACUUCUUGUUCCUGCUAGCAUCGGCGGAAACCAUUGUAGCCUUACUCCAUCAGCAAUGCUGGUCUGUCGCGUCUGUUCAGCCGGAAUCAAGGUCGGUGACCACAACUGCAGUCUUGAAUCUUGGCUGA